AUGGAUAAAAGUGUGUUAGCACAUACAUCUAAGAACUUAUAUCAUCUACAUAUCUGUAAACACGCGCACAAAAUCUUUCUUUCUCUUCUUCACAUUCCCUUUCCCUCUCUCUCUCUCUCUCUCUCUCUCUCUCUCUUUCUCUUACAGACACUCUCUCCCUCUUUUCCUUCUGUUAAUAAAUCAGUCAGCCGUGAUUGUUUCUAUCUAUCUCAUUUUCUUUGUGUGUGUGCGCGCGUGCGCGGACGCGUGUACCUGAGGGUGUUUGCUCGCGAUAUUUUUUAUUUGCACGCAAAUUUGCCACCACCUCUUCCACCAGUGUUUCUUUUUUUUAUCCACACCUUUUCCCUAAACUUUCUUAUCCUCCUUCUCCCACAUAUUCUCUCUCCCUUUCUCUCACCCGGUUCUUGCAACAUUCUUUUCACGCCAUACCUAUCCUACCCCAAGACUCUAAUCUUCUGGGCCGACUUCCUUAGGAGACAGACCCUGCUUCCUUCUCUUCCGUCACCUUGGUGGGCAUUUGCCUUUCUAUCCCAAACUUUCCCUGCCCAGUGGAUCGGAUAUAUGCCUAUCGUUGCAUUGUCCAGCCAAAUGACCAUACAUCAAUGCUGGAAGUGUGAUAUUCUUUCUACACCUUUCCCAAUUUUACCCCCCUCUCUCUCUCUCUCUCUCUCUUUCCGUCACUUUAUCUAUCUAUCUCUCUCUUCUUUAUAUCAUUUUAUUUCUUUCUUCUCUUUCGCUCGCGUGCACGCGCGUUUCAAAUAA